CAGGUCCCCUGCGAGACGUGUACGAAGAGAGGGUGUGCAGCAAUAUGUCCCAAUGGUUCUCUCACUGCCGGUAAAGGCAAUCGGAUGGUUCUGGCCAACACCGAAGAGCUGCACAACCAAAUUGAAAUCAUGUCCACCCGGAUCCGCGAGCUCGAGGACGCCCUCACCAUUCUCCAAUCAGAAGUAUCUGACAAGCCUCAUGACCUCCUCAAGGACACCAUCAACGACCUCCUCCGCGAAUCGCCACUUUCAACCGCUGCCGAGCCGCCCGCACCGGGAGGGGGUUCGAGCGGGGAUAGUUCAGGAGCAGCGGAAACGGCGAAUGGAGAACCCAAGGAGGAUGCGAUGAUCGAUGCUUUUGGCACGCUCGCGAUCGGAUCAAAGGGAGAGUUGAACUUCACGGGCAGCACUGCAAGACCCGAGGUGAGUCUCAGACAUCCCAAAGUGCCCAUGCGCACACGUGUACUCACUUCAUACGUUCUUGCUCGUCACCCGCAGCCCCUCAUGAAGCCUACAGGCGAGCGGCAAAUCCUCCCACGGCUCUCCAAGCAAAUCAUGGAUGCCUGGCUGCCUGACUUCGACGGCCGAAGUCAACCAGAUCCAAACCUUACGCGUGCCGUCAUGAAUCUUCUCCCGCCGCUUUCAGAGGCGAUCCGUUUAUGUGAGAUUUACUUGGAGUGGGGCAAGGUUUUGUGGAGUCCGAUGCAGCGGUCCGAGCUCUUUGACGAAGUUAUCCAGGGGGUAUAUCGCGCCGAAUCAUUUGACAGCAUGGCCUCCUCUCAUUACUUGGCGCUCCUUUUCUCCGUCUUCGCCCUCGCGUCGCUCUUCGACGAGCGCAAAUCCCCAUAUUCCGCAGAGGCGCAAGAAUAUGCCGUGCUGUCGCAUGUUGCGCUCAACUUCAAGUCGCCGUGCUUCGAGACGUCUGUGUAUACCGUGCACGCCUUGUUGCACAUGGCGACAUAUCUCGACUUGUCGGACCUGAAGAUGGACUCAUCACAGUCGUAUAUUAUGAUUGGGUUCGCAGUGAAGCUCGGAUAUCGAAUUGGCAUCCAUCUUCACGGCAUUCGCUGGAACCUCGGCGAAGUUUGCGUGCAGAAGCGGAGUAACAUGUUCUGGCAUCUCUUCAUGAUGGACACAUGGCUCAGCUUUGCAACGGGUCGUCCUCCCAGUGUCUCUCCAGUGUGGACAGACGUGCCUUACCCGAACGACGAGUGGGCCCUAACCGCCGUGCGAUGGAAUGUAGGGCACAUGUGGGCCUUGAAGUACGCCGUGCUUCUGCACCAUGUUAUGACGACCGCCUUUAGCGGAACUCCGCCCACGUACGCGACAAUCCUCGAGCUUGACCGCAAGGUCCGCGACUUCCCCGUGCCGCCGCACCUCCGUCCGCGGUGUGAGGGCGAUGUCCUCGCCAAUGGCCUACCGAUGCAUCUGCAGAGGCACUUUAUCCUUGCGUACAAGGAAGCAGCGUUGCUCAAUCUGCACCGGACGUACUUUGCGCAAGCGCUCAAGGACAAGCCGAAUGACCCGUUGAAGCACAAGUACGGUCCUAGCGUGAUGGCAGCGUAUCGCAGCGCGUGGCGGAUGAUCGUGUGUCAGGCGCACUCAAUCAAGACUGUGCCGAAGAUUAUGGAGCGGAUGGGAAUAUUUUGGUCUCAGGCAUUUUCCGCUGCUAUCGUGAUGUGCAUGAUUGCUUCGAGGUGCCCAAACUCGAGCAUGGCGCAGAGCGCGCUUGCAGAGCUCGAUUCGGUGCACGACACAUUCACCAAGUUUGCGCCAGUGUGCAAGCCUGCUCAGAUCUUGCUCGUGCGUGUCUUCUCAUCUUGA